CUACUGAAUAACACUAUCACCUUUCUCGUCUCCUGCCGCAACCUCGCCAAACAUGUUGCUCGCAAGCUUCCGCUGCUUUGCGCGGCCAUUCUCCUCCUCUCCCCUCACCCGCUCUGCCUUUCGGAACGCCACCACCACAACAACAUUCGCAUUCUCCUCCACCAGCAAAAGAGCCAUGUCCUCCCACUUCACAUUGGAUACCUACCUCGUCACUCCCGCAGAGCUGCACGACGCCCUCCAGAAGAACGUUCACUCCAAGAUAUCCACAGCUCCGAAGAUCAUUCCCUUGUGCGCAUCAUGGUUCCUCCCAAAUGACGGCCGCAACGGCUACGAAGUCUUCAAGGAAAGCCGCAUCCCUCACUCACGGUUCUUCGAUCUCGACGCCGUCAAGGACCCCAAUUCCCCAUACCCGCACAUGCUGCCUUCCGCACAGGACUUUGCAAAAGCAAUGGGAAAGUUGGGCAUAAGGAGGGACGAUAGCGUUGUUGUGUACGACUCCAAGGAAUUGGGCAUCUUCAGCGCACCCAGAGUGGGCUGGACACUUCAGGUCUUUGGACAUCCAAACGUGCACGUCUUGAACAACUUCAAAAAGUGGGUAGAGGAGGGUUACGAGCUCGAGAGCGGGGACGUACAUCCAGUGCCAGAGACCACUUACCCCGUCCCCGAGCUCGACGCAAGUAAGGUCGUAGCCUUCGAGGAGGUCAAGGACAUCGCGAAGGAGCAGGGUAAAGAGGGCGCCGAAGAAGUGCAGAUCCUAGAUGCGAGGAGCAAGGGUCGAUGGGAGGGAACGGACCCUGAACCGCGUGAAGGUCUCUCAUCCGGCCACAUCCCCCACUCCAUCUCUGUCCCCGUCUCCGAGCUCCUCGACCCAGACACUAAAGCUUUCCUCCCCUCCUCAGACCUCAAAGCCAUCUUCCGAUCCAAAGGCGUCGACCCCUCCAAACCCAUAAUCAGCAGCUGCGGCACGGGAGUCACUGCCGCCGUCAUCGACGCAGCCCUCGUCGAAGCCGGUUACCCCGUCGAGACGAAGAGGAUCUACGACGGGAGCUGGACCGAGUGGGCGCAGCGCGUGGGUCCCCACGAUAAUCUGAUCGUCAUGGUUGAAGAUGCAUGAAGGAAGUUUCUUUUUCCAUGGCUUUCACUGCAUGCAUUUGUUUUCUCUCCCUCCCAUUGUGCUUCAUGGCCUGUGUAGGAUGUAUCUCUCUACUUCUUCCAUUUUCUUCUGCCUGGCCUUCUGUCUGCGAAUGACCAUCAUUCGCUGGAACGAUACCCAAUUUUCUCUGUACUUCUUUCUUGCUUUGCCUUCUUCUAUCAGGCAGGCGUUUCUAGUUAUAGUUUUCUAGCUAUAGCUCCAGCUUUUGCCUUCUCCAAUCAAAUCAAAAUGACCCGAGCUGAGUGGAAAUGGGAAUUUGAAUCAAAUGGAAAUUCGAAAAAGCAAAGUAGAGUUUAUCCCAUGUGACCCCCAUCUCCCCACGUCCAAAUCCCC